ACACCUCUGGCUGCUUAUUGGACGCAUUCCUCGGCAUGAAGUGUUCCUGUAGUAGAGAAGACGCUUUGUGUUUCUCCAAUGCAGCAUUUCCCAGACAUUGAGCUUUCCAAUAGACUGAAAAUCCCCAUCCUAGGUUUAGGAACAUCGCACCAUGGUGGCUACUCCCACAAUGCGGUCGUCUACGCUCUUCAGCAGUGCGGCAUCAGGCACGUAGACACGGCUAAAAGAUACGGCUGCGAAAUAGCCUUGGCCAAGUCGAUCGCCGAGAGCCAAGUCCCACGUGACGACCUGUGGAUCACCACGAAGCUGUGGCCGGGGGAUUACGGGCAUCAGAAUGCCAAGGAGGCCUGUCGGGCCUCGUGUGCCAGACUCGGGGUCGAGUAUUUAGAUUUGUAUCUAAUGCACUGGCCUGACUGUGCUGUUCCGGGCCGCUCCAACAGGGACGUCCGAGCCGAGACGUGGAGAGCGCUGGAGGAAUUGUAUGAUGAAGGAUUGUGCCGUUCUGUCGGUGUGAGCAACUUCCUGAUCCCACAUCUUGAGGAACUGAAAGAGGACAGCGGCGUGAUGCCUCACGUUAACCAGGUGGAGUUUCAUCCGUUUCAGCAGCCGUGGCAGCUGGUGGAGUUUUGCCGCAACGAGGGCGUAGCGUUUGAAGGUUACUGCCCUCUAGCUAAGGGCCAAGCGCUCGAUCAUCCACUCAUCGUGGAACUGGCGCAGAAGUACGGACGCAGUGCUUCGCAGAUCUGCAUCCGCUGGAGCAUUCAGAAUCAGAUCAUCACGAUACCAAAGUCAACCAACCCAGAUAGGAUUCUUGAAAACUGCCAAGUGUUUGGGUUCCAGCUGGAAGACACUGACAUGGCUGCCAUGUCCACGUUGCAUGAUGGGAGGCACGUGAGCUGGGAUCCAACCCACGUGGAGUGAGCACGCUGGUGUGUGUAUUUAAUCUGUAUUUCAAAUUUGAGCAUGACUGCAGCGUCAGAUCACGUUUGUGCUCUUUAUGUGCUGGGGAAAAAUGCUCAUUCCUUGGAAGCCUUUCCACUUCUGAGAUACGUCUAACAACGGAGCCACAGUUUCAUCAGGCCUUCCUGUGUCAGAGCAGGGAAAACCACUCUAACACAGAUGAGAACCUGUGGAUGAGCACAAGCUUGUACUUGAGAAAUUCUUGAUAUUUUAAUAACACUCAUUGUCUUUUCUCUUUUGUUUACAGGUCUUUGGGUUCACUCUGGCCGAAGAGGACAUGGAGAGCAUCGGGCGAUUACACGUAGAUAAAAAGCUCAUUCAUCUCAGCUACCCGCUCUGGAACGGAUAAUGAGAACAAUUUGUGAUUUUGCGAAUUUUUUUGAGGAUGUCCCAAAUUCUGAUCAUUCUAAUUUCGUCUCCAGGGUUGGGGGUUCGAUACCCACCUCUUCCCUGUGUGUGCCGAGCUUGCAUGUUCUCAUGCUUUGGAGGAUUUCCUCCACCAGACCAAAGACACGCAUUAUAGGCUGACUGGCAUCUCUAAACUGUCCGUAGUGUGUGAAUGGGUGUGUGAUGGGUAUAUCUAGAACAUCUUUGGUUCCUCUGUUUGGGAAACCCCAUGGAGGAAUUCAAUUUCAAAAACAUUCGCUCUCCAAGGAACUGUUGAGGAACCGCCAGCGUGAUGGCUUUUGGGCAUGGAAUCUUCUACGCAAGCAAUCAGAUGUUAUUCAGACAGUGGGGAUCUUACAUUUGCAUGUAUGAGUGCUCCCCCACCGCAUUGUUCAAGGAAUUUAAAUAAUAUGCAAGGCACUUUCAGACAAAAGUCAAUAGCAACAGUAGCUUUGCACAGCAAAGUAAUUCUGAAGUGGAUUGUUAGUCCCAAUAUUUCUCAUAUUUGUUCAUAACAAAUUUCAAAUGAUGAAAUAAAUCCGCAUAGACUUAAGUGUCAAUUGUUUAAUCCAGCCUCUCA